UCCCUACAAACACUCCAGCUGGACUGAGGACCCAGCCAUGUCUCUGCUGGCUGCCCUGCUGCUGCUCUGGGGUUUCACUCUGGACCCAGCAACUGCUGAAGUCUUUGAUACUACCGCUGAAGCUUUCCUAUGGUUAGACCCUCAGUCCCUGCUGGAACCCUGGGCAAACCUGACACUGACAUGUCAGUCUGCUUUCCCUACCAAGGACUUCCAGCUGAUCAUGAAUGGAUGGCGCCAGCAGAGAGUCCACCAUGAUACAUAUGUCAUGUCACACCAGUUCCCACUGGGAGCAGUCACAAGUGACAACAAGGGUGUCUACCGCUGCCGCUGUGGCGUGGAGCCCCCAACUCUUAUACGGACAGAACUGAACAGGUGGACAAUGCUAAGCAAUCUUGUAGAGGUGACAGGAACAGAGCCCUUGCCUGCACCCUCGUUUUGGGCUGACCCAGUGUACUGGAUCACACCUCACGUGGCCACAUACCUAGUGUGCCAUGCUGCAAUGCGGGGUGUAACUUUCCUGCUGAGGAAGGAAGAUGAUGAUAAUUUCCUGAGGGUGAGGAAAGCCCAAGACAAUGUAGUAGCCAGGUUUAUAGUCCGACAUCCUGGUAACUACCGCUGCAGCUACCGCACGGACACAGAAGGCACCCCCUCUGAGGCCAGUGAGGCUGUGACGGUCACGGAGUAUGCUAAACCACCUGCCCCCAUGCUGGCUUUCUUGGGAACUUACCAAACCAUCGAGCACCCCAGCUCAAAUGCGGUCCUUGCCUGCAAGGCUCCUCGGAAUGUAUUUGAAUUCCAACUCAGGCAAGGGGAGAAGAUGUUAACCAUUCAUGGGGCCAGACCUCUCCGAGAACUCAGCCUGUACUACCUGAACUUGACAGAUAUGGAUGACCAAAGCCCUCUAACCUGCCGCUACCGUCUACACAGAAGUUUGGAUACUUGGUCCGAAGACAGUGAACCCAAAGAGCUAAUGUGGAGUGAUGAGACACAACCUGCACCAGUGCUCACUACAGAGCCUUCGAGUCAUGACCUUGAACCUGGCUCGACCGUGCAUCUUCGUUGUACUGCACCCAAAGCCGGCCUCCGUUUUGGCCUACUACGCCAGGGUGACACAUAUUACCCCCUGAUCCAGAUGCAGAAUCCAUCUGGGACCGAAGCUGUCUUUGAGCUGCACAAUAUCUCAACAAUAGACUCUGGCAACUACAGUUGUGUCUACAUGGAACAAGAACCCCCCUUCUCAGGAUCUGCUCCCAGUGAGCUCUUGGAGCUGCAAGUGAAUGGGCCACCACCCAAGCCAAAGCUCGAAGUUCUGUGGACAGGUGUUGUUCCGCUGGGCCGUGAAGCCAAAUUUCGCUGCCACGGCCACGCGCGCAUGGUCAAUAUGGAGCUGCUGCGUGAGGGCUUUCACACACCCUUGUGGAUGAAUCAAGCAAUGAGAAGCACCACAGCUGACUUGAAGCUGCCCUUCGUGGGCCCCCAACAUUCAGGCAACUACAGCUGCCGCUAUACCGCCAUGUCACCCUUGAGCUUUGAGUCCGCCACCAGCGACCCUGUGCAGGUUAUAGUAGAAGAAAUCUGAUAUGGCUGCAGACACAAGAAAAAUGGUGUCCUUGGAAAAGGUUGAAGACCGGCAGAGCUCCCAUUCUUCCCAGUGUAAGAUGCCUCUCCUUCAUUCCCCCUGGACUCAAUAAACAUUAAAGAAAUGUUUCUUUAAA